AAUACCUUCACAUACACAUGCCAUUCUGCUUCUGCUUCUUUUCAAACAACGAAUUCACCGCAUCUUCGUCACAAGCGCGGUCACGUGGGGAUGCAGCCUCGCUUUCCAAGAUUAUCCUCGGACUAUAUUACCUCCUCUUCAUACGCAACAAUAAACGCCUUGCGAACAAAUACUUCUCCUAGCGAGCACUAAUGGAAGUGACUUCUGUGGCUCCGGAGGCGACAGGAAUAAGAAACUGCGAUUCUUCACCCCCAGGGUCCCAUCGUAAUCGCCCUGCCAAGUCCCACGGCCUACGCACAGUCGUUGAUCGAAUACCGAAGCGAGUAUGGGUCGUAGCUAUCGUUGCGUUCUGGGAGAGGUUUACGUUCUGGGGGGUCACGGCGCCGUGGCAGAACUACAUGCAAAAUUCGCCCGAAUCCGACACUGUGCCCGGUUACUUGGGUCUAGGACAAGCAUCAGCCACUAGGAUCUACAACGGAUUCUACAUCUUUUACUAUAUCACCCCUCUUCCCUUUGCAGUCGUCUCUGACACUCGCUUCGGCAGGUACAAGACCCUCUGUCUCAGUGUCAUGCUGUAUAUUCUGGGCUGUGGUUUGUUACUCCUGAGCUCUUCCCCUUCUGUGCUCCCAGCUGGAAGAUUGGGCUUACCCGGCCUUCUUGGCGCAAUGGCUUUGAUCGGCCUUGGAGGAGGAGGGUUCAAAGCUAUUAUGCCCCCAUUCAUAGUCGACCAGUACCUCGAGACCCAGCCCAAGCUUAGGACCCUAAGAACAGGGGAGCAAGUAAUGACGGACCGGGCACUCACCGUGCAGUACAUAUACAACUUAUAUUACUGGGUCGGAAAUCUGGGAUCACUCUCUUGGUUUGCCACCACAUUCCUCGAGUUUCACAAUACCUUCACAUCUGCGUACUCCAUACCCCUAAUUGGAAUAAUACUUGCGAUGGCUAUGCUCCUCCUGGGUUUAAAGUGGUAUAUCAAGGCACCUCAAAAUGGGAACGUACUUCCCAAAGUGGCCAGUAUUUUUACGCACGCUGCUAGAAACGGGUUUAAAAUGUCACACGCACGCCCAGAAUACUUACUUGAACAUCGUGAAAAGAUUGUCAGCUGGACCGGCAAACUUUGCGAUGAGCUUUGCGACGGGCUUAGGGCUUGCCGGGUAUUGGUUGCGUUCGUCAUGUUCUACGUCUGCUUCGACCAAAUGCAAACCAACCUGAUCUCUCAAGCCGGGCAAAUGGAGUUCAAGAAUUUCCCAAACGACGCGCUUCCCGGCAUCAAUCAAGUGGCCUGUAUUGUCCUUGGCCCACUUAUACAGCACGGACUGUAUCCCUUCCUCCAACGGCGGAGAAUCAGCUUCAACCCUAUUGCUCGAAUUACAGUUGGAUUCAUGUUCAUUGCACUCUCCAUGUUCUAUGCCACAUUCAUCCAGAAAAUUAUAUAUAGCACUGGACCUUGCUACAAGCACCCCAAAACCUGCCUCGAGUCUCCAGCAUCAAAUAAGCGGCCAAUUCCCAAUCACGUGAACGUUUGGAUUCAGGCUCCGAUGUACGUUCUCAUUGCUAUCGGUGAGAUCUUUGCACAGGUUACCGCACUCGAAUAUGCCAACGAGAACUCUCCAGAAGAUAUGAAGGCUAUCGUGCAAGCUAUCAAUUUGCUCAUCGCUGGGGUCGGCUCCGCAUGUGCAAUGAGCCUUACACCGAUAGCUCGAGACCCAUACGUUAUCAUUCUGUAUGCAUGCCUAGCAGGUGCAAUGGUACUGACUACGACAAUCUUCUGGUGGAUAUUUCACGCAUACGAUAACUGCUAUUCUUCGCUUGGUAGCGAGGAUGCCUUGGUGGAAACAGAGGAAAAUCCAGGGAAUAACAAUAUCUUUCGGAACCAUCUAGACGCUAGCACACCUGAGAUGAGAUUGGAAGGACGACAUGUAUUGGAUAGACCACCAAGUGCACAUAUUCGUUCACAGUGGUGCGAGUUUCACGGUACAACCAUUGACCCCAUGACAAGGAAUGUUGAGAGGGGCUUGGACUUGCACACUAGAGCUAAGACGAGGAAACACGCCAAACUCUCCAGACGAAGGUUGAGCAGAGCAGUCGGCAAACACAGUCCCGAUGGACGUCUCACGAAGGAGUCUUACUACCUCGAUCUUGGUUCACUAAACUCGGGAGCUGCUGUUACGAAACCGAGGGGUUCGGAACGGAUAAUUACAUCUGGUGCGAUGCUUCAUGGGACCAUGUCAUUGAAAGGAAUGACUGCCAAAUCACCUCACACUAUGCGACCAUCGACUAGAGCACAGGUGUCCCCGGAAGUUGAGGCGCAAGAUUUUCAUCAUGACUGCAGUCCGACAACUAGGCAAUAUCACAGUUCAUUCGCUCCGUUUUGUGUUGCACUGUCUCCAUCUUCGGUUUACGGAGUACCCAGCGUACAGCAAUACCCAUCUCAGAGCCACGAGACUCUCUCCCCAUCCUCGGAGUGUACUUCAUUUGCGAUAGCAUUAGAAACGAUUAAAUAUGGCCAGGGGUUAGAACCACCCACCCCUAGCGAUUUUGCUUGCCGAGAAUUGCUCCAGGACAAGGUUGGGCCAAGUGCCACUUUCCAAACUCCAAGACCCCUCUCAACCCACGCACAAACGAACCAGCCUCAUGAAGAUGACAACGACAACGGCAGCGACGGCGACGACAGUACCUCACCUGUAUCUACCGCCUCAAGCAUAUGCGAUUCUGCUAGCAUAUAUUCGCAAAAUACAAGGUCAACUCCAUAUUCCAGUUUCCUCCCUUCCCAGUCACAGUGCGCAUUCCCUCGCCUCCAAGGCAUUCGCCCACACGAUCCGACAGGAAUCUCAAACAAUUUAGGUAUUAACAGUACGCGCCAUCCCUCAGACGUCUUCUCGGUCAGCACAACCAUGCAAGAAGCCCUCCGCAAUAUAAGGGAUGCUUCUUCUGGCCAACGUUCACCUGAUAGCGACAGGGUCUCAGCUGGCAAAUGAGCGACUCUCGAUCCCCCACCAGAUAGUACAGAUCUUUACGGUUUGUAACUGAUGCCGACCCGAAAAUUUAAUGUGUGGCAUACGAUUCAUACACUUCCUACUCUCCACUUUUGUAUCUGACAUAAGCAUUGG